AUGGUCACCGGUGUGUCAUGGCAUGCCACCAACGGCACAUCCCAGUCACCUCUCCAGCUACUUGCAGAUUUUCUCCUCUCGUGGAAAGGAACAUACUUGCCUCAGACUUACAUCAUUCACGAAGAGAUGGUGGUGACCGGCAAAGUGCACAACAUGCGUCAGCUGGGACCCUUCAUCUACCGCCUUUGCAACGGCAAAGACACAUAUCGCUUGAACCGUCGUGUCUCCCGCAGAGGCAUCACCAAGCGAGAGGCGAAGGACUGCCACCGCAUCCGUCACUUUGAGAAUACCUUUGUGGUGGAGACGGUUAUCUGUGAUGAAAUAUGAGCAGGAUGGUCACCGGUGUGUCAUGGCAUGCCACCAACGGCACAUCCCAGUCACCUCUCCAGCUACUGUAGCACCCUGUGGAUUUAAUCAUGUUGCACUUUACCAAUGUUCUUUUCCACCCCCUGCUUAUUUACCCCCCCUAUCCCCCCCCCCCCCACUGUCAGAUUAUUUGUCCCAGCAAAUGAUGCAAUAAUAACCUGCAGGUUCUCUCACAGGAUUUCCAUGUAGCUAAGUCUUUUGGCCUCUGGGAGUACAAUGAUGGUUACUGUUGUUCGGAGAAAUGACUGUCUCCCAUUUGUUUUCAAAGUGACCUUUUUUUCCCUCCUGCUCUGGAGGGCUUCUUAUCUGUGUGGUUAGUAUCACGGUAAGAUGUACGGAAGGUGAGAUUGAUCUAUUCGCCACAUCAUUUUGUCGCUUCUUGAUCUCUGUACUGGAAAGAUCAAACUACUGAUAACUAGUUGCGUUUGCAUUUUUGCUUCGGCUCGUCCCGUCUUUCCUUUGCAGGGAAGAAGGCACCAUGUAACCAAGACAGCGCUGGGCAGUACUGGGCAUGGCUUCCAGAAGUCAAGAGCCAUAAUUGGAUGUAGGGCCCAUCAUUUUUCAAUACAAUUAAGUUAUUGAAAAUAAUUCAUAUGUGAAUCAUUUAAUAGUAUACCCUAUCUGUUUCCGCCUUGCAUGCGUUUUAGCUAUUUGAUAAGCUGUUUUGUAAGAUGUACAAAGCCUUAGUCCAGACUCAAAGACUGGACUAACGUUACUCCUAAUAUAACAGAUGGGUGCAUAUUAUUUGAUGUUGGGUAAAUACAGCCGUCUUACCUGUACAUAUUACCCGCCUAUAAAAUCUUGUCUGUGAAUAAAGUUUAAAAAGACUU